AUGACUUCACGAGUUAUUUACGAUCAAAGCUCAUUUACAGGUGUUAGUGUUAAUGAAGCAAAGGAUUCGCUUGGUCGUAUCGGUGCUACUGGUAAUGCAAAUCCUGGACCAGGUGGCUCUUGGGUAUUUAUGGGAUACACGGGACCAGAUGCAGUAGAUUGGGUCACACAGGAAUCGAAGCCUCGAUACGAAGGACCCUCAGUAUUAUCCGACUUUGUUUCUUUACCCGCUACCGUGAAGGCAGUCGAGGAAGAACCAGUUCGUCCGCCUUCGCUUGUCGCCGUCGACGGUUUCGAACUCGCAGCCGAACCCGAACCUGAACCUGAAAAUGAUAGCGAUGAUGAAGAAACUGGAACGAGUUUCGCGGAAAUGAGUGACAGGGCAAAAAUGAAAGCGAUGCCCGCCGAAGAUAAGGCGAAAAUUGAACAACUGUCAACCGAGCUGCGUUCAGAGAAAUCGAGGUUCGAAAAUAUGUUGUCACAGUGGGAUGAAUCUGGCAACGAGAUUGUUGUUUUGGCUAAGAAGAUGUGUGUGAUGAUGAUGGAUAUGUCGGACUUUCGUUGA